AUGUUCAACCCCACAGUUUCGAAGUACUAUGUAACAUUCGGCGGAACCAGAAUCGAAACAACAGUGACGGAUAAGGCAGCCACCGCUACUGAAUGGGUUAGAGAAAUUAUGGCCGAGUACGGAGGAAGGCCCUCCGCUGUGGGCUUAGACGUGGAGUGGCUGCCGCACCCCAUCCGCCACAUGAGCAACAAAUCAGCCACACUCCAACUCUGCAUAGACAAAAAGUGCUUAAUCCUUCAGCUUUUCUACAUGGAUGAAAUCCCACAAUCAAUCAAGUCAUUUCUUCUGAACCCUAAUUUCACAUUUGUUGGGAUUGAAGUUGAAGAUGAUGUUACUAAGCUGAAGAAUGAGUACGGUCUUGACUGCGCUAGGAAUAUGGAUGUCAGGGCUGCAGCCAAGAAUCGAUGGCCCGGAAGAUUCUCGAGGCCCGGGCUAAAGGAUCUUGCAAUGGAAGUGUGUGGGCUGAAUAUGAAGAAGCCGAAGCAUGUUUGCAUGAGUAAUUGGCAGGCAAGAGUUCUUACUGAAGCUCAGAUUGAGUAUGCAUGCAUUGAUGCUUUUGCUUCUUACAAGCUUGGUCAUAAGCUGCUUAAUUAUUGA